GCCGGGUGGUCUACUAUACAUAUUGAGGACAAGCUAUGUUACCUGACCCUCCUGGAAUAUACAUGCUACUAGUAUUACUCAUCCCUGGCUGCAUAGAGUUGCAGUUUGUCCAUGUCGUAUCACAAACGACUACUUUACCGGCCUUCUGCAGCCUCGCUCCUGCAAUUGAGGCUCAACAACUUUUUAUUUAUUUAUUUUGGGACCAAUCUUCGAACGUUCAUGCAUCAUGUCGCUGACGUAAAAAUUCCACUUCGAUGCCGUAAUCACUGUGUGUGGAGGACUUAUACAAUUGAACUUGUGUCGCCGCUUCAGCGUACAGCACCAAGCCUCCAUUCAUUAGAACUACAAUGGACGCUCAGCCAAAUAACCAUCCGUACACGAUUGUGCGUAUCAAGCGCAAGCGCACGGAUGAACCACUCGACGCACUUGUCGUCGAGUCCCGGGUUCGCAAAAAGAGGUCGAAAGGUGGUCGCGAUGUUUUUCAGUUUAUUCAAACUGUCGAAGAGACCGUCUGGGCGAAUAAGCAACUGCAGGAGACGUUACAGAACCAAAUCUCGAAAUUGUCGCAAAAUAACGAUGAACAUAACGUGCAACCCUUGGCACCUGCGGAUGUCACGAAUCUAUCUGGGGCCCAACGCCAUCGUCAAUUAGCUGAUGAAGGAAGACGCUACACAGUCGUUCCUACACGCGAAUCUGCUGAAAACACCAAGUUUGCUACCACUCCUCCAAAGGUCAUAUCCGCGAAAGAUGCUCAGUCGCAAAGUGACUUUAGGAUGUAUGAUGCCGUUCCAGCUGAUGCGAUGCCUGCGUCUCCCGUCUUUGACUCCGACAUGGAAAAUUUCUUACCCAUGCUACAAAAUUACUUGCGCAUGAACGAUGAGCCUUCGCAAGUUCUCUCAGCUGCUCCCCCGGUGGAGGAUUAUGUCUGGGAUGUGUUCUACAGGCGCCCAUGCACCCUCAGCGAAUGGAAUUCAGUUGCUAAUAUCGGAACUCUUGAAGGCCUUCCUCCCUCACUGGAUGAUCCUUACUCUAGUGACUCAGAUUCCGAGGAGGAAGAUAAUGCUGAUGAAGACUCGAAUGCCGAGGAGUAUUAUAAGAAUGACUAUCCAGAUGAGGAUGACUCAGAUGAUAGCGAGGGAAGUGAUAUAUUUCAUGAAAGCUCUGAAGCGGAAGACGAUCUUCGAUACGACAAUCCGAGUGAUGAAGACAGCUAUUGGAGGUAAGAGAUUUGGUCAUAGAAUUUGCAUUUGUGGCAUAAGGAUGGACACAACACACAUUGUACUACGAUUUGCAUAAUUAUACAACACCUUUACGACCUAUAGCUGCAUUGUUUCUUGGCUUCUUCUUACAUUCCUCAGCGUCUUCAUCUUCGCAUGCCCGAAUCACAUACUUGAGGUGUCUUUGAGUAUGAACUGACAUUUACAUUAAAAUUCAAUCGGAGCAAACGAGCAAAGAG